CUCAAAGCGAUCAAUUGUUUCAUUGGUGUUUUCCUUUUAAUAUAUCUCUUGUUUGCCCGUGCAAGGUGGAUAUAUAACAGAUGGUGUUGUGAUAAAAAAACUUAGUGAGCGAGUAGUCGUCAUGCCUUUAAUAUUAAUUUUCUUGGGGCUGGUGACUCACUCGUUGGGCGUCAGUUUGGUCAAAGAACCUUCAGAUUGCGAAUCUCAAGGCGAACCUAAGUGCCCAGCCAACGAACAGUUCGUGAAUUGUAAAGUCGAAUGUCCGAAUAGCUACUGCCCAGUCAGGGAUGGACGAGGCAUCCUUAUAUGCGACCCGCCACGCCCUUGCCCUUCGGGUUGUACUUGUAAGGCCGGAUACCUGCGCAAGAGUAGACAGGAGCCUUAUUGCAUAGAAGCUUCCACGUGCCCUCCGGUGAACUGUACGAGACCGAACGAAAUAUGGAAUCCAAGUCCUCCGAAUUGUCUCCGCGAGAGGUGCGCAGACGCUUUCAAGCCACAAGAGCCUUGCGACCGUCCUUAUCGCGAUUACGUUCCGAAAUGCGUCUGCCAAUACGGAUAUUAUAGAAACGAAUCGGAUAUCUGUGUGCCUCUUCACGAAUGCAAAAAACCAAAAUGCAAAGAUCCUCAUGCUGUGAUCAACUAUAACCCUUGGCCUUGUCGUCCUACUUGUGCCAAGCCAAACACCAGGGACUGCAAUAAGCCAUUCGUUGCAGCCGGCUGUGUAUGCGACAAUGGCUACGUUCUGUCUACGGAGAACGGCACAUGUAUCAAAGUGGAAGAGUGCCCUUGUGGAGACCCAUGCGCGCCAAAUGCCACCUUAUCAAAUUUCAUAACUUCAUGCCCCUACGAGUACUGUCCCAGAGAGGACACCAGACUCUACCCUUGUGAUCCGGUAGUGCCCAGUCCAACUGGUUGCGCUUGCAAGGCCAACUAUAAAAGACUUAACUCUGAUCCAGAUAAAUGUGUCUUAGCUACUGAUUGCCCGUUCGUUUGUCCGAUACCUCGGGAAUGCAGACCCACAUGCGCAAACCCGAAUCCACCGUCAUGCUUCGAUAUGAUGCCUGCAAGUCUGGGUCUAACAGACCCAGUCGAAAUGUCUGGGAACGUUGACGGAUGCCAGUGUCAAAAAGGCUACAUUCUUUCCGAUCCAAAUGGCAAAUGCAUCAAGAUAGAAGAGUGCCCACAAAACCAGAGCUGCAAUGGUGAUCCUAACGCCGUAGUCAAAACUUGCCCCUGGCCUUGUCCUUCGACAUGCGCUCGACCAAAUACAGUUUUAUGCUAUAAAGCAUGUUUGCCAGUAGGCUGCCAAUGCAAACCGGGUUACAUACUCACAGAAGAAAACGGACAAUGCGUACUGCCAAAGGAUUGUAAAGGUGGAGACCCGUGCGGGCCAAAUGGAACAUUUUCCGAUUGCUCAACCCGUUGUCCAGAACUGUAUUGUCCUAAAAACGACGAUCGGGUACAACCUGUAUGUGAUCCUAUCUAUCCAUGCCCUCCUGGAUGCGUGUGCAAGAUUAACCAUCGGAGACUCAGCUACGAGGACGAAAGAUGCAUAGUUUCUUCAGAAUGCCCGCCAGUAAAUUGUACAAGGCAGAACGAAGUUUGGGCUCCAUGUCCGUCAGAUUGCUUAGCAGAAUACUGUGAGAACGUGAAUGAUCCACCGGUUGUUUGCAAUACACUACUGUUGAAUUGUCAACCGAAGUGCGUAUGCGCUGAGGGUUACUUUAGAAACAGCACCACCGAUCUGUGUGUCCCAGCCAACGAAUGUGCGAACUAUAAUAAUCCAUGUCGAUCGCCUUGCGCUCCAACUUGCGCUGAACCAAACCCUCAAGGAUGUAAAAGUCCUCAGAGGUGCUGUAAAGAGGGCUACAUUCUAUCCGAACGAAACGGCAAAUGCAUCAAGAUCGAAGACUGUCCAAAACAAAUCGGCUGCAAUGGUGACCCCAAUGCAGUGGUAAAGAAAUGCCCCGCCCCUUGUCCGUCCACUUGCGACCAUCCCGAACCGAUACCUUGUAAGAAGAUGUGCUUGGAAGUGGGCUGCGAAUGUGCACCAGGCUACUUAAAAUCUAAUGGAAAAUGCAUUCCUGCUAAUCAAUGUCCAGGCGGAGAUCCAUGUGGCCCAAACGGAACAUACGUAGAAUGCGCGUACCGCUGUCCAAACCAGUUCUGUCCUAAAGACGACAGCCGAUUACAAAUAGCUUGCAAACCACCUCGAGACUGCCCACCCGGAUGCGCUUGCAAACUCAACCAUAAACGGUUGAGUUACGAAGACGACAGGUGUAUUGUGUCCACAGAUUGUCCGCCAGUAGAAUGUACGAGACCUAAUGAGGUUUGGUCAGCAUGCCCGACUGAAUGUCCCGUAGACUAUUGUGAGAACGUGAACGAUCCACCGAGCGUUUGCUAUACGCUAGUUUUGAAUUGUCAACCGAGUUGUAUAUGUGCUGAUGGAUACUAUAGGAACAGUAGCGGCAUUUGCAUACCAGCCAAGGAUUGCGAGGGCUUCAACCCUUGUCUAUCAAAAUGCUCACCAACUUGUGCCGUACCGAACCCACCUAACUGCGGCUGCCUAUCUCAAUUUAAAUGCUGCAAGGAUGGCUACAUUCUUACAGAGAGAAACGGCACUUGCGUCAAAAUUGAAGAUUGUCCUAAUACGAGUUGUGGCAAGAAUGAAAAAUAUGUAGUUAACAGUAACGAAUGCAGGAAAACGUGCGCGAACAAUGAAGGAUACAAACCUGGGGACGUUUGCAAGCCAAUCACGGGGUGCAUCUGCAAACCAGGUUAUGUGAGGACCAACGAUGGCGGAACUGGCCCUUGUAUUCCAGAAAAUGAAUGCCCUUCCGAAUGCCCUGUAUCUAAGGAAUGCAGGCCUACAUGUGCAUCACCCAAUCCACCAAACUGUCCUGCCUGUCAGCCAGCUGAAAGCAAUAUUGACGGCUGCCAGUGCCAAGAAGGAUAUAUCCUUUCUGAAGCUGGAGGGAAAUGUAUCAGAGUGGAGGAAUGUCCAAGGGAAAUCGGUUGUAACGGUGACCCUAAUGCAGUGGUGAAAUCAUGUCCCAAUCCAUGUCCAUCUACAUGCAAGCAACCCCAGAACUUGGGUUGUAAGCUGCCUUGUUUAAACGUAGGCUGUGAAUGUGCACCAGGGUAUCUGAAGUCUAGUUCUUGCGGAAAGUGCAUUCAGGCGACUCAAUGUCCAGGCGGUGACCCGUGUGGACCAAACGGCACAUUUGUACAAUGCGCCUUCCGUUGUCCCGACCAGUAUUGUCCCCGGAACGAUGGGCCCCAACCUGUUUGUAUGCCACCACUUCCUUGUCGUUCCGGGUGCGCUUGCAAACUCAACCACAAACGGUUGAGUAACAAAGACAACAGGUGUAUCCUAACAACAGACUGCCCUCCUGUAAAUUGUACGAGACCGAAUGAAAUAUGGUCAUCCUGCCCAUCUGCCUGCCUCUCGGAAAGAUGUGAGAACGUGAACGAUCCACCGGUUGUUUGCAAUAGCCUUGUACUAAACUGUCAACCUAAAUGCAUAUGUGCUGAUGGCUACUAUAGGAACAGUAGCGGCAUUUGUAUUCCAGCUAAUAAAUGCAAGGGCUUCAAUCCUUGCCUGUCAAGGUGCACUCCGACUUGCCUCCAGCCGAAUCCACCUAAAUGUGGCAAACCCUCUCAAUAUAAGUGCUGCAAAAGUGGCUACAUACUUACAGAGCGAAACGGCACUUGUGUCAAAAAUGACUGUUGCCCUAAAAUAAAAUGCGGGAAGAAUGAAGUAGCAUCUGAUAGUAAAAUCAUAUGUCCGCCCCAAACUUGUGCGAGUAAAUACACUCUAUACAGAUGCAGGCCUGAUAUAAAACCGGAACCUGGUUGUAACUGUAUUAAAGGCUAUCUAAGGGAUCCCUCCGGCGUCUGUAUACCGAGCGAGCAAUGUCCACCAAUACUUCCUAUAUGUCAAGAAAAUGAAGUAGCCACUGACAAUCGCAUCAUAUGUCCACCGCAAACUUGUGAUAGUUUAUACAUAAAGUAUAAUUGCCUCUUCGAUAUAGCAAAACCGGAACCUGGUUGCGACUGCAUUAAGGGGUACCUGAGAAACUCCAGCGGUAUUUGUAUACCGAAAGAGAAAUGUCCACGAUUACCUCCAUCUACAUCAACAUGUGGAGAGAAUGAAGUAUUUUCAAAAAAUAAAAUCGUAUGUCCGCCCCAAACUUGCGAAAGUCGUUAUAUUAAAUACCGAUGCGUUCCUAAUAUCAAACCCGUACCUGGUUGCAAUUGCAUUGAAGGCUAUUUGAGAGACAAAAGAGGCAUUUGCAUACCAAGCAUAUUAUGCUCAAAACGACCUCCAAUAGUGCCAUUAUGCGGGAAAAAUGAAGUGUACUCUACUAAAAAGAUUACAUGUCCACCCCAAACUUGUGCCGGUAGAUUUGCUUUGUAUAAAUGCAACAUAUUGGCACCAACUAAACCUGGCUGCAACUGCAUCCCGGGCUACCUGAGGAAUGUUGAAGGCAUAUGCAUACCAAAAGACCAGUGUCCACCACCACCUCUUAAUUGUGGGCCAAAUGAAAUCGCAGCUAACGAGAAAAUCGAAUGCCCCCCACAAACCUGUGAAAGCAUAUACACUACGUACAAUUGCGAGCCUAGUUUGCCUAGACCUGGAUGCAAUUGCAUCAACGGUUAUCUGAGAAAUGCCUCAGGUAUCUGCAUUCCGAGCGAGAAAUGUUCCCUGCCACCAAAAGGAUGUAAGGGUGAUCCCAAUGCCACUACAAAGCGAUGCCCGAACCCUUGCCCAGCGACUUGUCAGAAUCCGAAUCCGACUGGAGUCUGUCCCAGGGCGUGUUUGGUGAUUGGUUGCGAGUGUAACCCAGGAUAUCUGUUGUCUAACGGAACAUGCGUCUUGCCUAAGGAUUGUCCAGGUGGUGUCUCAUGCCCAGCCAACGAACAGUACGUAGGAUGUAAGAUCGAUUGUCCCAACAAUUAUUGUCCAACGGACGACAAUCGUGGUAUUCUGAUAUGCGAUCCAGCUUUCCCGUGCCCAGGAGGAUGCGUGUGCAAGGGUGGAUAUUUGCGCAAGAGUUAUGAAGAGCGCAAUUGCAUCGAAUCCUCUAAGUGCCCUCCAGUGAAUUGCACGAGACCAAAUGAAGUUUGGAAUCCAAGCCCUCCAAAUUGUAUUCGAGCUACAUGCGAAGACAAGGACAAGGGACCGAAUGAUCCUUGUUACUUACCUUAUCUCAGUGGUGGUAGACCCCAAUGUGUUUGCCGAGAUGGUUACUAUAGGAACGGAUCGGAUAUCUGCAUACCUGCUAGUGAAUGCCCAUUCGUAUGCCCAAUUUCCUCAAAAUGCAGACCCACUUGUGCUGUGCCCAACCCUCAAAACUGUCCCGAUGCCCAGCCAGCAAAGAGCAAUAUCGAUGGUUGUCAAUGCCAAAGAGGUUACAUUCUUUCUAAUGAAAAUGGCAAAUGUAUCAGAAUAGAAGAAUGCCCAGAAAACCAAGGUUGCAACGGUGACCCUAAUGCAGUGGUAAAGGAAUGCCCUUCUGCUUGUCCGUCCACUUGUAGUAGCCCAGAUAACAAAAAUUGUAAGCGAGCUUGCGCGUCUGUCGGAUGCCAAUGUGCACCAGGCUAUCUGAGACCUGAUCCUGACGGGAAGUGCAUUCCUGUGGGUCAAUGUCCAGGUGGCGAUCCAUGUGGUCCAAAUUCCACAUUUGUAUCAUGUGCGUUCCGCUGUCCAAACCAAUACUGUCCUAAAGACGACAGCCGAGUACAAAUAGCUUGCAAGCCGGGACGCAACUGUCCAUCCGGAUGCGGUUGUAAACUCAACUACAAGCGGUUGAGUUACGAUGACGACAGAUGUAUCCUAUCAACAGACUGUCCCCCAGUAAACUGUACGAGACCGAAUGAGGUGUGGUCAUCGUGCCCAUCCGACUGCCUUGCGGAAGAAUGUGGGAACGUAAACGACCCACCGAGUGUUUGCAAUACACUCUUGUUGAACUGUCAACCUCAAUGUAUAUGUGCUGAAGGAUAUUAUAGGAACGGCAGUGGGAUAUGUAUACCAGCCAACGAAUGUGAGGGCUACAAUCCAUGUCUAUCAAAAUGCGCUCCAACUUGUGCUGAACCAAACCCACCGAAUUGUAACUAUCCGUUUGCGAACACUUGUUGCAAAGAUGGUUACAUUCUAUCCGAACGAAAUGGAAAAUGUAUCAGGAUUGAGGACUGUCCAAAAAAUAUAACUUGCAAUGGUGACCGUCAUGCUAUAGUAAAGAAGUGUCCAUUACCCAAUCCCCCUACAUGCGCUAAGCCUAGAAGUGAGAGGAGUGAAAAAAAAUGCGAACCUGUUGGUUGCGAAUGUGCACCAGGCUACAUAAGAUCUGAGGCUGGGGGCGAAUGCAUUCCGGCGACUAAAUGUCCAGGAGGUGAUCCAUGCGGUCCAAAUGGUACGUUCGUGUCAUGUUCAUUCCGCUGCCCAAAUCAGUAUUGUCCUAAGAGCGAAAGCCCCUUCCAGGUGGCUUGUAUGCCACCACUAAACUGCCCACCCGGAUGCGCUUGCAAAGCCAAUUAUAAACGGUUGAGCAGCUCAGAUGACAGAUGUAUCCUGGCUUCCGAUUGCCCUCCAGUGCAAAAGAAGUGUACGAAACCGAAUGAGAUUUUGGCAGCUUGCCCAACUCCUUGCGACGUAAACGAUUGUAAGAAUGUAAACGAACCACCAAGAGCUUGCAUCGCGGCUGUCAUAAACUGCCACCCACAGUGUAUAUGUACUAACGGUACAUAUAGGAAUAGCAAAGGAGAUUGUGUACCGGCUGAAAAAUGCGAGAACUACAAUCCUUGUUUAUCGGAAUGUGCUCCCACAUGUGCUGAGCCUAACCCGCCAGACUGUGAUCAUUACUCGGAGCAAAAGUGUUGCCGACAAGGCUGGAUCUUAUCCGAGCGCAGAGGCCGAUGCAUCAAAAUCGAAGAUUGCCCCAAAAAUAUAACUUGUAACGGCGAUCCCAACGCUGUAGUGAAACAAUGUCCGGCCCCGUGCCCUUCUACUUGUGACAGCCCAAAUCAAAUACCGUGCAGAAAAGCAUGCUUGCCAGUAGGCUGUGAAUGUGCUCCAGGUUACUUGAGAUUAGAUUACAACGGGAAAUGCGUUAAACCAGACGAGUGCCCAGGAGGUUACCCAUGUAAAAAGAACGAAGUUUUCGUGCCAUGCAGAAAUGAAUGCGAUUCCAGUUACUGCCCAAAAGACGAUAGCCGCGACGUAGAAAAAUGCAGCAAUGAUUUUUGUCUCUCUGGCUGCAUUUGUAAAUUUAAUUACAGAAGGAAGAAUUACGAUGACCGCACGUGUAUAGUGGCUUCGGAUUGUCCUCCUGUCAACUGUACCAGACCCAAUGAGGAGUGGUCAUCGUGCCCCAGCGCCUGUUUACAAGAAUCAUGCGAGGACGUCGGCAAGAAACCUGUUAUUUGUAACACUCUGUUACUGAACUGUCAACCUAAAUGUAUUUGUUGUGAGGGCUAUUACAGAAACUCUACCGGCAUAUGUGUAUCUCCAGAUGAAUGUCCAUCUCCUGUGAAAAAGAAAUGUACGAAACCGAAUGAGAUUUUGGCAGCUUGCCCAACUCCUUGCGACGUAAAUGAUUGUAAGAAUGUGAACAAACCACCAAGAGCUUGCAUCGCAGCUGUUAUAAACUGCCACCCGCAGUGUAUAUGUACUAAUGGGUACUAUAGAAAUAGUAAAGGAGAUUGUGUACCGGCUGAACAAUGCGAGAACUACAAUCCUUGUUUAUCGGAAUGCGCUCCUACUUGUGCCGAGCCUAACCCGCCAGACUGUGAUCCUUUCUCACAAAAAAAAUGUUGCAAACAAGGCUGGAUCUUAUCCAAGCGCCGAGGCCGAUGCAUUAAAAUCGAAGAUUGCCCCAAGAAUACAACUUGUAACGGCGAUCCCAACGCAGUAGUGAAACUGUGUCCACCGCGUUGUCCUUCUACAUGUACCCGGCCAAAUGUGUCACCGUGUAAAAAAGUAUGCUAUCCAGUAGGCUGUGAAUGUGCUCCAGGUUACUUAUUAGGUGACAACGGGAAGUGCGUUAAACCAGAUGAGUGCUCAGGAGGUUACCCAUGUAAAGAGAACGAGGUUUUCGUGCCAUGCAGAACUGAAUGCGAGUCCAGUUACUGCCCAAAAGACGAUAGCCGCGACGUAGAAGAUUGCAGCAAUGAUUACUGUGUCUCCGGCUGCAUUUGUAAAUUUAAUCACAGAAGGAAGAGUUACGAUGACCACACGUGUAUAGUGGCUUCAGAUUGUCCUCCUGUCAACUGUACCAGGCCCAAUGAAGAGUGGUCAUCGUGCCCCAGCGCCUGUUUACAAGAAUCAUGCGAGGACGUCGGCAAGGAACCUGUCAUUUGUAACACUCUGUUACUGAACUGUCAACCUAAAUGUAUUUGUUCCGAGGGCUAUUACAGAAACUCUACCGGCAUAUGUGUGUCUCCAGAUCAAUGUCCAUGUAAUUAAAAUGAUAAUUUUUAAUUAAUAAAAAGUUAUAUUUUUUUUAAGCAUUUAACUGCUAGAUGUUUAAAUAGUAAAUAAAAUACAAAUAUAGUGUUCUCAUUUUCUGUGUCUAUACAAUUUAUUUAUUAGAGAAAUUUUAAAACCCUCUAUUUAGAAAUACUUAUUGCUAGAGUUAUGGUUUGUUAUGUGUAUGUUCUGAUAGGAUUCUUCUUUGAUAUUCUUGUAUUAUCAUAAAUAAAAUUAUUGUAUAAUAAU